CUUUUUGUAGCUAGUUGUUAAGGUGCCUGUAAUAAGCAAUAUAACAGUUUGCUAGCUGUCAAACUUUAGAUCUAACAAAUGUUUCAUUACGUUAACCUUGCUAAAAUCAGUUUUGAAAGUGCACUACUCAUAUCCUUUCCAUUUAGCUAACGUUAACAACUUUGUACGUGGUUGUCUGUCUUUUUGUGAGCUAGUGGCAUGUGCAACAGGACUGGCGUUUAAUUAGUUUGGUUAGUAAAUAAAUACAAAGUAAAGGUAACAGUUAAUAGUAUCUCAACCGUCGCAGCAAGUGUCUGCUAGUGGAGCGAUGUUAGCUAACAUGCUAGUUGGUCUAUGUUCUCCAUAACCUUUUCAGAUGCCUGGAUCAGCUCCAAUCAGUUGCUUGGGACCAUGGCCCAAAGAUGUGGGCAUUAUUGCCAUGGAAGUAUACUUCCCCUCCCAGUAUGUGGACCAGGCCGAGCUGGAGCAGUUUGAUGCUGUGCCAGCAGGUAAAUACACUGUUGGGCUGGGCCAAGCUCGCAUGGGCUUCUGCUCAGACCGUGAGGACAUCAACUCCUUGUGCCUGACGGUGGUCCAGAGGCUAAUGGAGCGAAAUGGUCUGUCCUAUGACAGCGUGGGUCGACUAGAGGUCGGCACUGAGACUAUCAUUGACAAGUCGAAGUCUGUCAAGACAGUCAUCAUGCAGCUGUUUGAGGAGUCUGGCAAUACAGAUGUGGAAGGCAUUGACACCACAAACGCCUGCUAUGGCGGUACAGCAGCACUCUUUAAUGCUGUCAACUGGGUGGAGUCCAGCUCCUGGGAUGGACGUUAUGCUUUGGUUGUAGCAGGGGACAUUGCUGUCUACGCUACAGGAAGUGCUCGGCCUACAGGGGGUGCAGGUGCAGUGGCCAUGCUUGUUGGGCCUAACGCUCCUCUGGCCUUUGAACGAGGUCUGCGAGGAACCCACAUGCAGCAUGCAUAUGACUUCUACAAGCCAGACCUCGUGUCAGAGUACCCUGUGGUGGAUGGCAAGCUGUCGAUACAGUGCUACCUGAGUGCCUUGGACCGCUGCUACUCUGUGUAUCGCAACAAGAUCCACGCACAGUGGCAAAGAGAGGGUUCAGAGAAGCUCUUCAGCCUGGAGGACUUUGGCUAUCUCGUCUUCCAUUCUCCAUACUGCAAGCUGGUACAGAAGUCGCUGGCUAGACUGAUGCUGAAUGACUUUCUGAGCCACCCAAGCCCCAACACUGAGACAGGACCCUUCACAGGCCUUGAUGCCUUCCGAGAUGUACACCCAGAAGACACUUACUUCGACCGGGAUGUGGAGAAGGCCUUCAUGAAGGCCAGUGCAGAUCUCUUUGAGAAGAAGACCAAGUGCUCCCUGCUUAUCUCCAACCAGAAUGGAAACAUGUACACCCCCUCUGUCUAUGGCUGCCUAGCUUCCCUAAUUGCACAACAUGCACCUUCACAAAUAGCAGGGCAGAGGAUUGGUGUGUUCUCCUAUGGUUCAGGAUUUGCUGCUACUCUGUAUUCUCUUAGAGUCACACAGGACCAUACACCUGGAUCUGGUCUAGACAAACUUGUGUCCAGCCUGAGUGACCUGAAGGUCAGACUGGACUCAAGAAAGAAGGUAUCACCUGCUGUCUUCUCUGAGAACAUGAAGCUGAGAGAGGAGACACACCACUUAGCCAGCUAUGUCCCUCGAGGCUCAGUGGAGGAUCUGUUCCCGGGGACAUGGUACAUGACAAGAGUGGAUGACAAACACCGCAGGGAAUAUGCCCGAAGACCUCUGGAUAAUGACCUGUCAGCAGUGCAAGAACUUGUUCACUCCAGUACUGCCACAGAGCACAUCCCGAGUCCAGUCAAGAAGAUGCCUCGCAUUCCGACAGCCGCUGCUGGUGCUGAGGCUGCCGUCAGCAACUGAGAGUACUCAGCUUACCUCUGAGAGGUAUUAAGGUCCAACAGUUUGGCAACUGUAAUAACUAUACAACACUAGAGGUCAGAAGGCUAGCAGGAGAUGACCAUGUCACCUCAAAAUCAAUAUACACAAUAUACUCAAGUAGUCGAAGUGUUGAGUGGAGGCAUGUGGACAGUUGAAGACACUGCCUGUACCCUUCCCAUCAUCCCUCUAUUUGGCAGGAAAUUCUGCUCUAUAUUUGACCACAGGGUAUAUUUUGAUCCCAGUAAUUAUUUGAUUUAGCAAUCCUUUAUUUCAAACUUAAGGUUUUUGCAUAUUUUACUUUUGCAUUUGUGCAAAUUGGACAGUUGUGUAUUUGGGAGGAGGACUGGCAGAUGUUUACAUUGAGUGUUGCUGAUAUCAAGUUUAAAAAGCAGAUUUCCUGCUAGCAGCUGGCAUCCAGUGACAGGAAGAGGAAACUGACAGAAUUAAUUUGGCUUCAUAUACCUCCUUGUGGGCCUCUACUGUAUUAAUGUAUCAAAACAGUGCUGCUGCUGCCAUGGCAACCCAGUGCAAGACAAGGCUCAUACCCCCACCCUACUGUUUGUGUUCAAUAUCUCAGUUUUCUUUGAAAGGAUGUGUGUGAUUUUUGUAAACUUUGCAGUUUCAACUUGUGACUGCACACAGUGAAUGGAGUCUUACUUUAUACUGUUGUUGUCUGCAGUAGCUGAGCUAAUAUAGUCAACAUGCUGACCUGGAAGGAAACAUAGAAAGUUGUUGGCCAUCUCAUACUUGGUGAUGAUCCUCAAACAGGAAAAAACCUGUUCUGUUUGCUGUGUUGUGUAUGUUAUUUUAGUUGGUGUAAAAAAAAAUGUUUUUUGUUUGUAACUACAUGACAUAUCAAAACUCAUUGAAUGAUUUGGCAAAGUGAGUAGCUGCUGCUGUUCUGCGUCAGGUUUACUUAAAGGUGCAGUCAGCGAUUCUAAUUCCAGUAUGGUUUUUGUCAAAUUCACUGAAUAUCUCUUAGGGUCCACUAGCUGUCUUCUCUGUGCAUGUGAAAAAAAAUCCAGUGUUUAUACACAGCCCUGGAUCUCUAAAUGGGAAACAAACAAAGUGGCCCCAACCAAUCCAGACACAACAGUAUUCCAGCCCAUCAGCAACAGGGGAACCAGUUGCACUCUGACCUCUGCCCCUUCCUCUGCAGGCUACUGUCCCUCUUCAUGUUCUCGCUCAUGAGGAACAGAGCUGCUCCAUGAUAGGAAUGAAACAUCAAUAACAUUGCAGAUAGUACCUUGCCAACUUGAUAUAAAAAUAUUUUACUUUCUACAGUAGACAUCACAUGUGUCAAUACCUUGGCAAGAAACAUCUUCACCUGUGUAACAUUACUUAUGGAGACUAACUUAUCGUUGGUAAAAGGAGGCUCUGGAUUCCACUAUAUUUCUGUUUUGGCCAGCUAGCUCAGUUGUUAGUGUGUAGCGUCCGUGGAUUUGGUGGACAGAGCUUCUGAGGAAGCAGUGAAGUGGGAGGGAAGAGAAAGAAUUGCUAACUCAAUCUUUAACCUUGCAAAAUCAUCAGCUCUGAUUUUUUCAAAAUUCCAUUAAAAAAAGCUUCAGGAGAUGUACUGCAACAUGUGUUAAAACAUACUUAACAAUACUUGCAUUUUAUUUUUUCAGUUGAUGAAACAAUUAGGUGAUUGAUAAGGCAUUAAUCAUUUAACAAUUCGUUAAAAAAUGCCAAAUAUUCUCUGGUUUCAGCUUCUCAAUUAUGAAAAAAACAGCUUUUUUAAAAAAAAAUAACUGAACUGAUUUGCUGGUAAACAGAACAAGAUAUGGACUCAUUGGAAAUGGAGCAGGACAUUUUGACUUUUUUUUUCCCAGACUAUAUGAUUAACCCAGUUAGAUAAUUAUCAGUUGCAGCCCAAAUUCUUUCCAGACCACUGCAAUGCCACAAGUAGUGUCUUUGCCUUUUUACUGCCACCACCCCUACAGUAAAAUGUACAGAAACAGUUCAGUACAACAUAAUGAAGAGAGGAAAAUACAGAGUAAAUUAUUUUUAAAAAUAUUGCCAUUACAACAUUAUUGAUUGCAGUGGUCACCUGUGAGCUCUUCUUUUUGUAAUGUUGCUCAGCAGUAAAACAUGCAGUUUAGUAUGGACAGCAGGAAGGAAGGAAGGAAGGAAGGAAGGAUUUAUUGCAGAGAUGUUGGAUUAGACUACAUUAGUUUUAGAAGGGUGGACCAACAAUCUGGAAACAAAGUAAGUUUUAUUAUGACCCGUGUCAUUUUACCUUUCAUCUUUCGUCAGUUCAGACAGAUGGUGAGAAAGGCAUUUUGGGUUCUGUUACAGUUUGUUUGGUCCAGUUUUUCCCUCUGGUUUUACAGACACUAAACUGAAUGCUGAUCAAAUGAUGGAUAGUUCAGGGACCAGGGAUUUGGAGCAUCCCCAGCAAAUACAGUGAGCUCUGGCUCUGCCUCUUUAAAAGCUGGAAAGCAGUCACUUAAGCAGCAACAGUACAAUGAUGUAUUGUGUUUAUUUUUGUGCAAAAAAUUACAGGGGAAAAGUAUACUAUACUGUAUACUGUAUCCAACAAUUAAUUACAGACCCUCGUGCAACCCUUGUCAAAUCCCAUUGUCAGGCAGUGAUUGCCACAGUUUUGUCACUCCUCAUUAUGCCAAACUGCCACUCGUUUGUAUCAGCCAGUGUUACAUUGGAACAGCUGAUGUGAAUGUGAACUGCAGUGUUCCAGCAUUGUUGUCUUUCCUGAGUGAGUUUCAUUCAGUAAAAGUGUAACAUUAAAUCAUACCAAAGCCUUAAUGUCAAAGCGCUUUGUCUCAUGAAGUUAUAGGUCAGGACAUUUAAAUGCAACACACAAAACUGAACAGUUUCAUGUCUCAUGUCAGCAAAUUCAUGUCAUUCAUGUUAAUGUUUUUCAUUUAAAAUUACUGGUUUUUCCUGUUCAGCAUUGAUUUGACAAUAGCACUCUCAGCAACAAAAAACAAAAAAACAAAUGUUGAAAUUUAUAGAGCUCAGGCAGAAAACAUCAGCCUUAAACUUGAUGUCAGGAAUUCUGCUCCUGUUCAUGGUUCGGACUUGCUCAUUGACUUGCACACAGGGAUCAGAGGAGUUGGGACAGUUGAUGUCAAGGCGACUACCUUCUUGAGAAGCCUUACAUGAAGCAUGUAUGAACUGUAAACAAAGCUUUUCUCCUAAUAAUGUACAGGUACACUUUUUAAUUGUAUAGUCAGAAUUGUUUUUCUGGAGUUAGGCCUUGCUCACACCAGCAUCACAGGCACACAAAAGAUUGCUGUGACUGUUCUUGGUGUGACUGUAACAUCUGUAUUGUGUAUGUUUGUAGGGCCUGUCUCAAAGGUCUCAUGAUCUUUACCAAUGUUGAUGGUAAUGUACAGUACAAUCUAAAAGAUAAUCUAUGCUGUGUAGAUGUAAAUUAAUGUAAAUUAAUUUUAUUCAGUAUGUUCAAAUGUGUAGAUUCAGAAUAAAUGGACA